GAGCUGGAGAGCAUCAUGGGGGGCCACCACCUACCCCACCCCCCCCAGGAGGGGCACCAUGACCUCGCGGGCCCCCACCACGCCAUCGACCUCUGUGACGCAGACAGGGAAUGCGAGGGCCUGGAUCGCCCGCACACCCCGUCUUACCUGCGGCCCCCCGUGGCGGGCAGCUCAGACUCGGGCUCCAGCCCCGUGUUGUCGUACGACGGGGGGGCGGAGGACUAUGACUUGCCUUCCCCUAACUGCCCCUGCAGGCCAAAGAGCCCCUGGAACCGAUUUGACCCCUAUGAGUCUACUGAGGAUCAAGACAAAGAAUAUGUGGGUUUCGCCACUCUGCCAAACCAGGUGCACCGCAAAUCCGUCAAGAAGGGCUUUGACUUCACACUCAUGGUUGCAGGAGAGUCAGGCCUGGGUAAGUCUACCCUGGUCAACAGCCUCUUCCUCACAGACCUCUAUAAGGACAGGAGGCUGCUGAACGCCGAAGAGCGAAUCACGCAGACGGUAGAGAUAACCAAGCACACGGUGGACAUAGAGGAGAAAGGAGUCAAGCUGAAGCUCACUAUAGUGGACACUCCAGGCUUUGGGGACGCGGUGAACAACACAGAAUGCUGGAAGCCAGUGGCUGACUACAUUGACCAGCAGUUUGAGCAGUACUUCAGGGAUGAGAGCGGCCUGAACCGCAAGAACAUCCAGGACAACCGGGUGCACUGCUGCCUGUAUUUUAUCUCACCAUUUGGACACGGUUUGCGGCCUCUGGAUGUGGAGUUCAUGAAAGCUCUGCAUGAAAAGGUCAACAUCGUCCCCAUCUUGGCCAAAGCCGACACGCUCACCCCCAUGGAGGUCCGGAGGAAGAAAAUCAAGAUCCGAGAGGAGAUUGAGCAGUACGGCAUCAAGAUCUACCAGUUCCCCGACUGUGACUCUGAUGAGGACGAGGACUUCAAGCAGCAGGACCAGGAGCUGAAAGACAGCAUCCCGUUUGCUGUGAUCGGCAGCAACACGGUGGUGGAGGCCAAGGGCAAGAGGGUGCGUGGGCGUCUGUACCCGUGGGGUAUCGUUGAAGUGGAGAACCAGUCCCACUGUGACUUCAUCAAGCUGCGCAACAUGCUGGUGCGCACACACAUGCAGGACCUGAAGGACGUGACGCGGGAGACCCACUACGAAAACUACCGGGCCCACUGCAUCCAGAGCAUGACCCGCAUGGUGGUGAAGGAGCGCAACCGCAACAAGCUGACCAGGGAGAGCGGCACGGACUUCCCCAUCCCACCGGCGGGCGGGGGGGUUGACGGCGAGACGGAGAAGCUCAUCCGAGAGAAAGACGAGGAGCUGCGGCGAAUGCAGGAGAUGCUGACCAAGAUACAGGAGCAGAUGCACACGCAGAGAGACGCCUACUGACCGGCACCACUUGAAGCUCCAGUCCCCUGUGUCUCCCAUCCAACCACGUUCGGGAGAGAAGACCUUCUCAACAACACAUUCAGGGACAAGGGACGUCUGUCCCUUGGUUCCAUUCAGCUGUCUCCCGUUUUCUUCCAUCCUCAACUCAUUGCAUCUGCAUAUCAGGGACCAGGUGAGGAGACGCAGAGAGUAAGACACAUUCCAGCUUAGUGUAGUUAACACACACACACACACACACACACACACACACACACACACACACACACACACACACACACACACACACACACACACACACACACACACACA